UCACAGACCAGGACACCACGUCAAUAGGGACCGUGUGCGCUGCUGGGACUACGGAUACGAUGCAGUGAUGGAUGGUGGGAUGGUGGACGUUGCUAAUGGCACAUUGUAUGAAUUUUACUACGAUUACUUGGAUCCAGUUUCAUUUGAUGAAAAUGAACUGAAGGCAAACAAAUAUUCGAUUGUCAUCGCUGUGUGGAUCGGCCUUGCUGCCUUUUCAGUGUUUCUGUUCCUCAUUUUACUCUACAUGUCCAGGACAGACUCCCCCGGAGCAAACUUCACAGCCAGGAGAAACCACUUGGCACGUGUUCAAGAGACCCGAGAAGCCAGCGGAGAAAAUCCAGAGUACUGCCAAUGACCAAGUUAACAUUUCAUGACUGAUAUGACAGAAAUAGGCCGAAGAUGAAGAGUCCAAAAAAUAAGGUUUCCAGUGUAUCAAUAUGGACUUCACGUAGCUUUUGGAUUCUUCAAGAUUAGAGACCCGUUGCUCCUCCGUCUCCAAUUCAGCUUCAAAUUUCUUCUUCAUGCGCCG